AGGUAAAAUUAGAGUAUUUUGUCGACUUCGCCCAAUGAACAGAAACGAGGCAGGGCAGGGCGGGGCUACUGUAGUCGGGAAAGUCGACGAUUACUCUGUCUCUGUGGAAACGCCUCGUGGCCUGAGAGAAUUUCAGUUUGACAAGGUGUUUGGUGCUGAGGCUUCCCAGGAAGAGGUGUUUCAAGACACCAGCAGGUCAGCAGAUCAUCCCUGUUAAAGUCAAAUGACAAUAUAUGUAGAGAUAACAUUAAAAUAGAUGUACUGUCAACUGCAGGCUGAUCCAGUCGGUCAUCGAUGGCUACAAUGUUUGCAUCUUUGCUUAUGGGCAGACGGGUUCUGGAAAAACCUUCACAAUGGUGGGGGACAAGGAUCAGAGAAACCCCGGCAUCAUGCCCAGAUCUUUUAAUGCCAUAUUUGAUAUCACUCGGGAGAACAGCUCUAAGUUUGAGUUUAAGGUUUCAGCCUAUAUGCUGGAGCUGUACAAUGACCGGCUGCAGGACCUCUUUGUUAGCCAAGCCGCUGAGGCCCAGGCACAGACUCAGCCCAGCAGCCAGACCAGACGAGUGGAGAUCAAAAGGACCAGAAAGGGAGUUGUGUUCGCUCAAGGAGCAGAGACAAAGGAGGCUUCCAGUGCCCAGGAGCUCUACGCUUUGUUCCAACAGGCCUGUGCCAACCGGCACAUUGCUGCCACCAAGAUGAACGUGGAGAGUUCCCGCUCCCAUCUCAUUAUUGUCAUCAUGGUGGAGAGCAGAAAUCUCACAAAUGGCAGCGUCAGCACGGGAAAGCUGAGUCUUGUGGACCUGGCUGGCAGUGAAAGAGCAGCAAAAACCGGUGCCAAAGAUCAUCAGCUUAAGGAGGCAAACUCUAUCAAUAAAUCCCUGAGUGCCCUCGGUGAUGUGAUCUCAGCCUUGUCAGCUGACUUGCCUCAUGUGCCCUACAGGAACAGCAAGCUGACUCAGGUGAUGCAGGACUCCUUAGGAGGAAAUGCCAAAACCCUGAUGAUCGUCAACAUCUCCCCUUCAGAGUCAAAUCUAGACGAGACUCUCACAUCUCUUAUAUAUGCAACAAGAGUGAAAGCUAUCACCAACAAUGCUCAGCGAAAUGUAGAAAGCAAAGAAAUUGCUCAACUAAAGGAGGUGAUUAUGAGGUUAAAAUCUGGACAAACAGUGGACGAUGGGGAUGUUUGAACUGCGUGUCAUCUAUAAUUAAUCAAGUUUAAACUUUUUUUCUGUUAUACUAAAUGAAAAUUUUCUUUAACAUUCAUCACUUUAUUUAAAGCAAUUCAAAGAUUACAUUUGAUCACAUGGAUGAAGGCCUGAUAUCAUGAAGAAAGUUGCUGACAGAGCUUUGAUUGCUGUUCCUUAAUGGAUGCUGCGUGCGUGAGUCUCCACUACACAGGGCCCCGUCUGUAACUGAAGUGGCAAAUUGAAAAUCAGUUGCUGGGUGAGUCUGCACUUCUUUUAUUCAUGGUGAAACAACAAGAAUCCGUGGCCUGAGUCCAGCAGCUCUGAAGAAAUGAAAAGCCCACAUGGGCAUUCAAGAGUGAAGAAUAGAUGGAUAAAAAGUAAUUUUAGAAUAAAUGUGUUGUUUUGGCCAAGUGAAGGACUGGUGAACUACCCGGUAGUUGGGUAGGCUCCAUCAACCCUGUGACCCCAGAUGGGAGGACAGCAAGUUUAGAAAAUGGAUAGUUUUAGAAAAACACAGAAAUCUUAUAAGUUUAACACAGGAACCCAAGUUUAAUUUUGCAUAAUUUUGUAACAUAAAUUCUACAGGGAAAAUUCAUAAAUCUAUUUACCAUAAAAUACCCACUUCAAUGUAAACUGAGGAGAGAAUUGACGAGAGGGCAAAGAUGUUAGAUUUUUAAUGAUAAAGUCACUUUGAAUUUUUUUUUGCAGCAGUUUACCCACAAAACGACAAAUUUUAACAUUUCUCCAGUUUCUUAAAUAUAUAAAAAAAUGACAACUGUAUUUCCACUUACUAUUUCCAUUCCAUUUACAGUCCUGGACAACAGAAUUAGCAAAUUAUGUGGAUUAAUGGCAAUUUUUACUUUUAGCUUUAAAGUAUUUUAAAGCUAUGUUGUUUUACAUCCUUUUUUGCUUGAUAUGAAAGAUUAAUGCAUCUAAAAA